CGUCAUCUCAGUUUCUCGUUGCCCAGGUGCAUUUGCCUAUUUGGAGCAGCUGUUUCUCCCCGCACUUUGUGGCGCUCCAGUUUUAACCCUGACAUUUCAGACUGUUCUCUCGUGUCUAGUAAAGGCAUCCAUCUACACUGGACCGCCGUAGCUGCCUUUCGCCGUCAUCGCCAUGUUUGGAUCCACAGACCCACAGCUCCAGCGCGCGCAGGAGUUGCACGCCCCUCCACCAAAGGGACACCCGUACAGUCUGCCACUCGCAGGCACUGAGUCCGAGGGCAAGAGCGCCGUCUACAGGCACUGGCGAUUCACAGACAAGCCUCUGCUCCACAGCCUGGUCCCUGAGAUCAACACUCCCCAUGAGGCCUUCGAGGCCACUGUGGCCAGACAUCCCAAGAACAAGUGCCUCGGUCACCGCCCAUACGACCCUGUCACCAAGAAAUUUGGCGCAUAUGUCUGGGAAAACUAUGAGCAGAUUGCACAGCGCCGCAAGAACUUUGGUGCUGGUCUAGUUCAUCUGCACAGGCAAGCCGGCAUCACCCAGCCCAAGCAGUUUGGCGUUGGCUUGUGGUGCCAGAACAGGCCCGAGUGGCAGAUCACCGAUCUGGCUUGUAUGUCGCAGGCUCUCUACACUGUCUCGAUCUACGACACUCUUGGUCCCGACACCACUGAAUACAUCAUCAACCAUGCGGAGCUGGCGUGCGUCGUUACCGGCAUGAACCACGUCACACAGUUGUUGAAGCUGAAGCCGCGACUACCGACACUUAAGAUUAUCGUUGUUCUGGACCCACUGUCUGCUGGUGAGCUUCCUGGCGAGUCUAAGGGCGACCUUCUGAACUCAAUGGCAAGCGAAUUGGGAGUGGCUAUCCACUACAUCCGUGAUGUUGAGGCGCUGGGCGAGAAGCAGCCACUCCCUACGAAUGCACCUACGCCCAAUGACACUUGUACCAUCAACUACACCUCUGGAACCACGGGAAACCCCAAAGGUGUCGUGCUUAGCCACCGCAACGCGCAUGCUGCGACAUGUACAAGUAUGGUUCUUCUCGGUGCCGAAGGCGACCAGAUCAUCUGCUCCUUCCUGCCCCUGGCCCACAUCUACCAGCGACUGGGCGAGCACGGUGCUCUGGCAGCUGGGUCAGCGAUUGGAUACUUCCACGGCAACAUCGUCGAGCUGGUGGACGACCUGCAAAUGCUGCGUCCCACCGUCUUUUCUGGCGUGCCUCGUCUCUACAACCGCUUCGGGUCCAAGAUCAAGGAAGCUACCAUUGAGCAGGGUGGCAUCAAGGGUGCCUUGUCUCGCCACAUCGUUUCCACCAAGCUGGCCGCCGUCAAUGACAAGCACAACCCCACCAACACACACAUGCUCUAUGACCGUAUCUGGGCUAAGAAGGUAGCUGCGGGUCUUGGCCUGGAUCGCUGCAAGGUUCUUGUCAGCGGGUCUGCGCCCAUCGACCCCAGCUUGCACCAGUUCCUCCGCGUUGUCUUCGGCAGCAAUUUCACACAAGGUUACGGUUUGACCGAGACGUACGCUGUCUCUCUGAUUCAGCACGAGGGCGACUUCACGUCCGGAAACUGCGGCGGUGUGACACCAAACACGGAAGUCUGCCUGGCCGACGUGCCGGAUAUGGAGUACCUGUCUUCGGACAAGCCAUACCCUCGCGGUGAGCUGCUCGUUCGCUCGACAACUACGUUCAAGGAGUACUUCCGCAACCCCGAGGAGACAGCCAAGGCCAUCGAUGCAGAUGGGUGGUUCCACACUGGAGACAUCUGUCUUGUCGACGAGAUGGGUCGUUUCAAGAUUGUCGAUCGCAAGAAGAACGUUCUCAAGCUCGCGCAGGGUGAGUACAUCUCGCCGGAGCGCAUUGAGAACGUCUACCUCGCCAACUGCGGAUGGAUGGCGUCAGCGUACGUGCACGGAGACAGCCACCAGUCGUUCCUGGUGGCCAUCUUCGGUGUCGCGCCAGACAUGUUCCCACAGUGGGCGUCGAAGGUGCUGGGUGAGAAGAUCGCCGAGGGCGACAUCGCGAAGCUGAAGGAGAUCCUCAGCGACAAGCGGAUCGAGAAGGCUGCACUGCAGGAGCUCAACAAGAUCGGCACCAAGAACAAGUUCAACAGCUACGAGAAGGUCAAGGCCGUGCGACUGUUCCUCGAGCCCUUCACCAUCGACAACGAGCUCUUGACACCAACAUUGAAGCUCAAGCGUCCCCAGACGGCUAAGGCGUUCAGGAAGCACAUCGACGAGUGCUACGAGGAGGGACUGGCCGAGGAGGCCCAGGCCAAGGCCAAGGCCAAAUUGUAGACUGCUGUGCAUGGAUGCGUUGGAGCGAAGUUGCCCAGAUGGACAACGUCCAAUCACAGAGAGUAUUCGAUGGCGCACGUGUAGGAAUAGAUGU